UGUGUGUGUGUGUGUGUGUGUGUGUGUGACAUUCUUUUGGCCUGUGCGACAUCACUUCCUUUAUGAGCCGUCACUAUUUAAAGGCCGACGUGGGGCAGAGGGGCUUCAGCAGGUGAUUACAGCUAAAGCCUCCGCACUCUUCACACCAGCAGCUCAGGACGGUUCUGGAGGUUUCUGUGAACACUGAUCUGUAAAGAGGAAGCCGCCUGGACUCGGACUCUAUUAGACUAUUAGAAAGCAGUUGCAAUUUAAGUUCACUUGGACAAAACAGGACCAGUUCGUGACAUCACAGCUGUGUUGGUCGUUCUGGUCUUUAUAGUUGGACAUCUGGAAAGGCCUCCGUCCCCUGGAUUUCCUUCACAAUGAGCAGUGGAGGGACCGCAAGCGUUCCACCGCAGGAGCCUCAGGCCUUCAAACGGGCAGCACGGAAGAUCAAAUGUGCCGCCAUGGUGGCCAACCUGGCCAAGAGCUGGCAGGGCUGGGCCAACGAGCACGCAGGCAGGCAGGACGCCAUCCCCAGCGGCUGGAUGCCGGCAUCCGUGAUGGAGGACGACAAAAAGGAGCGCGACCGCGUGCUCAGACUCAGCGUCACCCCUCGCGUCAUCGCCGUGGAUGAGGCCGAGGCCGAGGCCGAGGCCGGCGGGACCAGGAUCAGGACCCGCUCCGUCACCAAAACGGUUCAGCCAAAGCGCAGCGAAUGCAGCAGCAGCGACGUGGUCACCGCCAUCAAAGGCAGGAUGGAGUCGGGCCCCGACGAGAGCAGGCCCUUCCUGGGCAACGAGUCGCCCACGCGGCGGCGCCAGAUGAGGGCGCUGCAGAGCGCAGGAGGCGGCGCCGGCAUCCACGACAGGAAGAUGAUGCUGCAGGAGAAAAAGCUGGGCUCGAGGAGCAGCAGCGUGGAAACGGAGGACAGCGGGCUGGGAGAGGAGGCCGGCCUCAGCGACAACAGUGAAGCCAGACCCGAACCCAGCGAGACCAAGGCCAAGAAACACAGCAGCAGGCCCAAGAUUAAAAUUGCCACCAUGGGGGACAUCAGGAGCCGCUGGCAGCAGUGGUCCGAGGAGCACACGGAGGGUCAGAAGCUGAACCCCUUCAGCGAGGAGUUCGACUACGAGUACGCCAUGGCCCAGCGCCUCCGUAAGGGCGACGCGGGCUACGGGCGCCCCAAAGACGGCUCAAAGACGGCCGAGCGGGGCGACAGGGCCCAGAGGCACAUCCACAGGGAGAUGGAGGAGAUGGUGUGGAUCAUCAGAGACAUGGGCUGCAAGGACAGAGACGGGAGGACCGUCAUAACCUUCGGACGCCUUUUCGACCGCUACGUGAAGAUCUCGGACAAGGUGGUCGGCAUCCUGCUGCGCUGCCGCAAGCACAAGAUGCUGGACUUCGAGGGUGAAAUGCUGUGGCAGGGACGGGACGAUGACGUCAUCAUCACAUUAAGAGAAUAAUGACAACGCUGCGUCUUAAGAACGUUUGCUCAUGGACCUUCAAGUGGAGCAGGACGGGUUCUGUUUCCCAACUGGCCUGACGACCUGGAUCGGGUGUGAGACCCCCCCUCCCCCACAUGCACCCAGACUCAUUUGUUGUUCUCAUGUAGCUCACAGGCGAUCCGGUGAACGGAAGCUAUCUUUAGCAUGCUAACCACGCUCGCCUUCUUAAGUGCGCCACACACCAGCAGCGUUGGGAAUUCAGCCCAUGUCAGUCAUGUUGUAAAUGUUUUCCUCCCACUGAGGUAAGAUCCACCGCGAUGGAGCCGUCAAGCCUCCAGAUAACAACAGAUCCUGGGUCCUUGAACUGAAAUCUAGUGUUUGUUUGUUUUGUACAUUUUAAUUUAUGAAAGUGUUAUCAUGAUGUUACUGUUUUCAGACAUUGGCAAAAAUGUGAAAAAAACAACCUAAAUUACAUCACAAUAAUUUACAUGUUAUUCACAUCCUCUUAACAAAUAGGAGACUUGAGCUGCAUGAACGAUACAUAAAGAUGCUUAAUAAAGACAUUUUCUUUCAAAGUGAAAGCAUGUGUGUCUUCUUACAGAAGACUAAAUACUUUGAAACAUAUAACAUCUACAUUUAUACAGAAAAAAAUCUAUUCACAUAUUUAUCUGUUUUGUUUUUUUAGGUGUGACACAAAUUUCUUUCAUACUGUAAAUUUUCAGUUUACAGUGUUUUCCUGUAAAAAACAGUAACACAAUAAACUUCAGCGUGGGUUUCUUCAAUUAAAAGCACUUCUCUGUCAUGUUAACUUAUCUUUUCCCACAGUUUAUUACUGUGAAACCUGUGGGAUGUGAAUUACAGAGAUACAGAGUGAGUUAACACUGGGACACGGAUUCACUGAAGAUGUGUGUGAUGUGUUAAUUAUCUGCACCAGAGCAAUAAAAGACAUGAGA